AUGAAGUCUUAUGAUGUUAAUCAACAAUUAAUAACUAAAACAAUAAUAAUAUCGAAAGAAAAAGAUGAAGUUGCUGCUGCUGAAAGUGUUUUGGUUUAUCACGGCGUUAAACAUGAUCAUUCAUACUUGGCACAGCAGUAUACUACCGAUGUUUUUAAAGCAAUAUUUUCAUCCUCAUCAAUAGCAAACAACUUAGCAUGUGCUCGAACAAAAUCAAGAUUUAUUGCUCUAAAUGUUCUAGCAUCAUUUUUUACCAAUAUUUUGCUUGAUGAUUUAAAACAAUCAUUUUAUUAUUCUCUAAUGUAUGAUGCAAGCAACAAAAGACAUAUAAAAGUGUUUCCGUUUUGCGUUCAGUUUUUAUCAAUAACUAGCGUAAAAAAAGGUCUUGUAGACUUAAUAGAUGAUACUGAAGAAACAGCAUUAGGUUCUGAUAAAAAAAUACAAAUGUAA